UUUUAGUGAUUAAUUUCCUAAAAAUUGUUCAAAUGAGUCAUAAAAUGCCGCUUCCACUUAGACCAGCCAAAAUCCAGAUAAAAGAAUACAUGUUCACUGUCGAACAGUGGAAUGAUCCUCAAGAGUUAGAAAAAUUAAUAAAAAACUCGAUUUCUAGCAUAAACACAAUUGUUGGUACUGGAAAAGUCAAUUUGCAGAAUAUCCCACAGAUUGGUCGUUCUGAUGAUGCUUUUCUCAGGUGAGCCACUCCACCCCUCAAAAACGACCAGCUAAUAAUACAUCCUGAAGAAAUGAACUAUAUUGAGGCCAUAAAAGACAGUUUCAGGGCAAAAAUUAGUGAAGAUAUGUAUUUCAGAGCUCUUCAAGAGGAGCAUAUUUUGUCAAAAAUUUGAACAAAAGCCAUAAUUGACAUGAAGAAAACUCAAAUAUAGUUCCGAACCAAAAGAGGAAAGCGGAAACACCUUCAGAGUCACUCUCAGAUCAGAACUCUUCUUUCGAGUCUGGAGAAAUCAAACCAAAUACUUCAUGUAUAAACUCAGGUACGACAGAAGCUUGUUCAACCAAAGCUAGCACUAAUAGCCCUGAAGAACCGAGUCCAGAGAAAUUUGCUAAAAGAAGAAUGCCUAAAAAGAAAGAUUGCUCAGAACCAGCUACAAAGUCUAAGAAAGAGAUGACUAAACCAGACCAGCGAUCCAACGGAAGGAUCCUUCAUGACUCCACUGACAAAACCUCUUACUCAGGGAAUUGCUUGAAAAACGACUUACUCUUCAAACUCUCCAUGAAGAAGGGCCUGGCUUCCAAAGAAGAUUUCAUAGUGAUUUUUGAAAAAGCAAUAGAGAAGAAAUUCAUAAAGAAGCUUUCUAAAGAAAUUCCUCAGAAACAGGAAACCUCCCUACCUGAGACUAUCAAGCAUCAUUUCAUUCUGUUCAAGAGAUAUAAAUAAGCACAAGAUGAGUUUUGUGCACUUAGAUUUGACUAAAUAAUUGAGUUGAAUACCAUAUACCCGAGCUAACCAAUUCACAAAAGUUCAAAAAGAGAGUACUCAAGCAGCCCAAAAAGUUACAUUUUCAGUGGGGUCAAGAAGAUACACACGCUCAGAGCAAAGAGAUUGUUUAUAAAGUAGUGGCAGAUCAUUUGUAUGAAUAUAAAAAUGAACAAAUUGACGCCAUUUUAAAACAUAUUGGAGAUAAAUACCACCCAAUUGACCAGACCCAGUUCCAAAAAGACCUAGAUACUUUCAAAUUGUUCACAGAGAAAAUAGAAUAA